AUGCCAAAUGCGAGGAAAUGUCAGGACUGCAGGAGCUCGAAAAAGGGGUGCUUAAGAGACGGCGGUGACUGGAAUGAGCGAGAUCCUCAAACGAGAUGCAGCCGCUGCAGGAGUCGGGACCUUUGUUGCGGACCCGACGAGUACAAAGACGAGGACGACCAAGGGGAACGUGAAGUGAUAGUUGGCAUGGGACAACGAGCUGGCGCGGCAAGCAAUCGAGGGGUCCAGCCGCUAGCUCCAGCUCCAUAUACAGAGGCAUACCUGCGAGAAAGGUUGCGCGAGCUGUCCAACUCGGAAUCAUUUUGCACCACUCGACAGAACAUCACGAGCCUUCAACAUGGGGACCAGAGCUUUGCAGUCGGGGAAGACCUCUCUCGCACGUUGGAAGACAUCGAGGAGUUGGCGUGGCUAGCUUAUAACUCAAAUGACCUGUCAAUUGCCGAAGUGGCUUUUAUCACAUUGAUCGAGUGGUAUGAUGCCUUGGGACUGGAAUUCCAGCAGCGCCGGGAAGGAUUGUUGAUGAAAGUAGGUGGCAUCUUCGAAGCAACUAAGUGGAAAGAUCGUGCAGAGGAGUACUCGUUGAAAAUCUUCGAUUAUCUUAUGGUGGAAGAUCCAGACAUUAACGCCCGAUUCCACCACGCCAUCCGGAACUUCAAGAAGCAAGGUCCAGUCGGUCACGAUGCUCUUAUGCGUAUCAUCCGUUGCUGCCCGCUAUGUCGGUUCAAGUUCAGAAAUAAAGAUGGGCAAACACCACUGUUGUUAGCAGUGUCCAUCAAUGAAGAAGAGGUUGUUGUUGCCAUGAUUAAGCGACUUAGAGAUCCUUGGCGACAGUUCUUGAUUGACCCGAUCAUUCUCGACGCCAGAGAUCACCGAGGGUGGACCAUACUUACACUUGCUGUAAUGGUAGGGUGUCAUCUUCGUUUGAUUGACGCGCUCAUUCAGUGUGGCUCCGCCGUUAAUCCUCAGAGAUUGCCGAAUGGCUCUUUGACUCCGCUUCAGGCAGCUUCGUGCCCUGGAUUCGAACGCCCUGAUGUCGCCUGGUUGUUGCUUCAGCAUAAAGCUAAUCCAAGCGACGUCUUUCCUGGCAGCGAGAUUGCGGUUCUGUUGGCCGAGGGACUGCUGCCAAAACCUGCAUUUGUCUCCUUGCUUCUAGAGCUGGAUCAACAACCCUGA